ACUGCGUCUCCGAAAGGAAAGCUACUUUCCAUGUCUGAUGAGAUUACACAUCCAACGGAUUGAAAACAAAAUGGGGGUUGUAGCGUGAACAUAGGAGCAACAGUUUUAAAGAAAGGUUUUGACCCUAUGUCCACGACUCUGCAUGUUUAGAAUAGCCGACGUAUUGUUUGACAAGCGACCAAGUGAACCCCGUCGUUGAUAAGAAAGAGCAAGCUGAGGCAGGAUGUCGGCCCGAGGAGGGAAGAAGAAGACCACCAAGCUGUCCCGCUCUGCCCGAGCAGGGGUCAUCUUCCCCGUGGGGAGGAUGAUGCGUUACCUCCGUACAGGGACCCACAAGUACCGCAUCGGCAUGGGGGCCCCUGUCUACAUGGCGGCUGUCAUCGAAUACCUGGCAGCUGAAAUCCUGGAGUUGGCUGGCAAUGCAGCGAGGGACAACAAGAAAGGCAGAAUAACGCCACGACACAUCAAGUUGGCAGUAGCUAAUGACGAGGAGCUCAACCAGCUUCUCCGUGGGGUGACCAUAUCGAACGGCGGGGUCCUGCCCCGGAUCCACCCAGAGCUCCUGUCCAAGAAGAGGGGGGGCCGGGUGAAGGUGGACACCCAGGUCACAGUGCCCGAGAAGAGGGAGGCGCGCGUCAAGAGCAUCAAGAAACCCUCCAUCAAAAAAGGAAAAGGCAAACCAGGCCGCAAAGCAAGGAAGAGCACAGAAAACGACAAAGAGGUUGUAGCCAACUCAACUGUGGAGGAUGGACCAGGCGAUGGGUUCACAAUCCUGUCAGCGAAAAGCCUGUUUCUCGGACAGAAGCUUUCACUAACCGAGAGUGAAAUCAGUAAAAUUGGAAGUAUCAAAGUGGAAGGUAUCAUCAACCCAACAAAUGCAGAGAUGGACCUUAAAGAAGGCGUGGGGACCGCUCUGGAGAAGGCAGGGGGUCGGGAGUUCCAGGACGCAGUAAAAGACCUGCGGAAAGCACAAGGGCCUCUAGAGGUAGCAUCAGUUGCUGUGAGCCAGGCCACUGGGAUGGCCGCCCGCUUUGUGAUCCACUGUAACGUCCCCCAGUGGGGCUCCGAGAAGUGCGAGGACCAGCUGGAGAAGACGGUCAAGAACUGCCUGUCCGCCGCCGAGGAGAAAAAGCUCAAAUCUGUGGCCUUCCCCUCCCUUCCUGCUGGCCGGAACGGCUUCCCAAAGCAGACGGCUGCCCAGCUGAUCCUCAAGGCCAUCUCCAGCCAUUUUGUGUCCGCCACCACCUCCUCUCUCAAAAACAUUUACUUUGUACUAUUUGACAGCGAGAGUAUCGGAAUAUAUCUUCAGGAAAUGGCCAAGCUGGAUGCCAAGUGAAGAGGAGACUGCAAAAAAGAAGGAGCUCAGUUUGGGGUGUUUUUUUGUUUUUUUUUAAACAGGUUGCAGUUGUAUUUCAGGUGGGUUUAGUUCUUUACAUCUGGUAUAGGUCAAUGGAAGGUCAUGUGAGUAGGCAUUAUUAUGAUGUGGACCCAGCCUCGGAAGGUUAAGGAAAAAAAAAAAAAAAACCUUUGUGAGUGAAGUACUGUAUGAAUUUAUGUUACACUGUCCUUUUAUGAUAUAAUUCUUUUUAGACUAGAGUAACUUUAUCCCCAUGGCUUGUCGUUCUGACUUCUUAUUUACCCAUUGUUGUUUUUACAUUCCAUGUCCAACAAAGACGACAAUUUUGACGGUUGUUUUUGCGGCCAGAAAUCCCUCUGUAGUUUCUGAUACAGUUAGUUUACUAAAAAAAUGAGUGUUUCUCAUUCUGCUUUGAAAUAAAAAUCCAGAUGUUUUACACCACA